UGAAUGCCAAAAUGAUCCUAAAAAUAAUUUCUACUUGUUGGUUUCGUUUUUUAGAAAAAAAAUGUUGUUGUGUUGUUCAUAUUUGCGAUUUUCAGAUCAGCAUUGAAAACGCAUUUUUAGUGCAGCCAUCAUCAUGAUCAUCACGAAUGAACAUACGAUCGAUAAACUCAAUGAUGAUUGUUUACAAAAAAUUUUCGAUUAUUUACCAAUAUCAAAACUUAUAGAAUUGGAAUUAAUUUCACCAAGAUGGAAACGUAUAAUUGAUUAUCGUAAUAAACGGCAAAUAUCAUUGAAAUUGUUUCGUAGCCGUACCGAAAUUGCUGAAUAUGAACAAAAUGGCCAUAUUUACUAUCAAUUGAAAUCAUGUCCAUAUUUUCAACAAACCAAUGAUUUUAUUCAAACAACUCAUUUGAAUUAUCUUUCUUGUCAAUUAAUAUUGACAAAAUAUCCAAAUCUAAAAAUGCUUCUCAUUUCUGGCUGUCAAUGGGAACCAAAAGAUUUGAUCAUGUUGCUCAUAGAGCUGAAACAUCUGGAAUGUUUAACAUUGAUCAUUUGUGGAUCACCUUCUAGCGAUGAUUAUAUACUAUCGGUAGUUAAAACAAUCAAGAUUUGUAAAUCAUUGGAUUUUUUAUCGAAAUUAAAACAUUUUGCCAUCAGUUUGGCUGAUAAUACCAUUUCCAAUCCAUUCAAUAUUGGUUUCAUGUUACGUGUAUAUGAAUUGCAUUUAUAUAACGUAAAUGUUGAUUAUAAUCUUUAUUACUAUGAUAAAAUAUUAGAUGGCUGCAAGAAUAGACAAUUACAAUUGAAACAUCUGACAAUUAACAACGGGAAAAGUGUUUCAGACAUGAAUGUUAAGGUGUGCAAAAAAUUAUCCUCAUCACUCAAACAGAUUACAAUCAAGUAUGAAAAUGAAAAUCUAUUUCACAGUCAAUUUCAUCUACUUUGUAAUCGAUUCAACCUGUUGAAUUUAUUGGACAUUCAUCUGAAAUUCAGUGUUGAAUUAAAAUUUCUACAUUUAUCAUUGAGUAAAUUGCCAGCUUUGAAAGAAUUUCGUUUACGAUCGGAUGAAAAUAAUUCCAUUUCCAAUGAUGGACAAUUUCAAGAUACUGAUGAGUUUUUGAGAUCACUUGAUUCAAUCGAAUCAUUAUGCUUUGAUGUCGAUUUCGAGUUAUCAAUAUUCACAAUAUUACCACAGAUUUUUCCUUUGGUAAAACAUCUUACUAUCAAUAUAUCCAGACUAUGUUGUACAUGUCCAGUCGAACCUGAACAUCCAGCCAUACCGCCAAUUGUUGAGCAAAAUCUCCCUAUGGUCGUUCCAGACAAUGCACAACAGCCAGCACAUGCCAAUGAUGAUAGAAAUCAGAAUCAAAAUCCUGAACCACCGCAACAACAACAACAACAACAAGAGGAACAGCAACAAGAGCUAAACAGAAAAAUCAGUGGUGAUGAUGAUAUCGAAUAUGAAAUUGACAAUUGUAUUCAAUGCACAAAACAAAUGACUGUAAUCAUGAAUCAAUGGUCACUUUUAGAAAAAUUGUCUAUUAUUGGAAAUCGAUGUAAAGAUGAAGGCCUGAUUGAAUUAAAAUCAAUGCCUAAAUUAAAAUCACUAUCGGUGGCCAAUUGUACAGAAAUACAACUUAGAUCAUUGCUUAGUGUUUGCUAUGAAAUAGCCAAAAAUCGUCCAUCAUCUGUUUCAUUCACAUUGAAAUUGAAUGAAAAAACAUUCAAAAAAAUAAUCAAACUCCCAUUAAAACCGGCAAAUUUAUUCAUUUUUAAUGUUAGCCCUAUUCUUGAACCAGAAUUGGAAUAUUCUAUGUCAUGAUAAUUGUUUUGUCUUUGUUUUGUUACUGUUAAUUGUUUUUACCCGUUGAUUUUUGAAAUUACGUUUUAUA